AUGCCAUCUCUAUUCGACGCAGCCGCAUUGCCAGGGUAUCGAAGCUUGGUCAUUUCUUUACUUGGGCUUAUAGUGUCAUACCAUCUACUCUCACCGUUGUAUACGACCGCCAAACAACGAUCGUGGAUACUGACAGCAAUAAGUAGCUCUGUAAUGACACUUGCCAGCCUGCCUCUUUUUUGGGAUUAUGUCUCGUCUCUAGGAGAUGUCAGAGCAAUUCGGACAUUGGACGCGUGGACGUAUCCAGCAAGCAGAUUUUUUCAAGCAUAUCUUAUCUCCGAUUUAUUACUUGGAACUGUGUACUAUCGCAGCAAAGUGAAUCUUUUGACAGGGUGGAUUCACCACACGAUAUAUGUUUUCAUAGUCGAGUAUGCUAUUAGAAAGUCCUGGACACACAUUUUCUGCCUCUGUGCGGCAAUGGAGCUGCCCACCUUUGUACUGGCCAUCGCCAGUCUUCAUUCACGCUUCCGCUCUGAUAUCCUAUUCGCCGGUUGUUUUCUUUUCACCAGGAUUAUAUUUCAUAUCGCCUUGUGUAUAUCUUAUUUCGUCCCUGCAAACCGCGAAGUCAUCACGAAUGGAUCCUUUAUGCCGUCCAUCCUCCUCACUCUCAUUUUCCCUCUUCAUGCUUUCUGGUUCUACGGCUGUUUGAAAGGAUUCGUGAAGAGGGCCACAGUGAAGCAUGUACCCCGAGUCGUCAGAUCACAGAUCACGUCCGACGCGAAUACUCCUGGUACAGCUUCGGUGUCUCCGCACCCCUCCCGAUUAUGGGUAUUACCACGUCGUCGAGGCGUUUUGAGGCAUGCACUGCGCAACCUGAGAUGGGAACACUUUGAGCUUAGGAGGGCUGCUGGACGACUUAACGAAGCUAGGCGGCGUAUCCACGCCACGUUACCAGCUACCGAACGCGUUUAUGCAUUUGUGGGAUUGCAGAGGCGGAACUACGCAGGGAAAGCCUUGAUGGAAGUUCAACGUGAGGGAUGGUGA